CCGGAGACCCCUUGAGAUGUGAAGAUACGAGGUUUCCAGAGAUAGGGGACUUCAUCUAUACGUUGGGAACAGCGAAGGCUCCUGCAAAGCACGCUUCACUUUCGCAUUCUACCGUGCCCUAUUAGGCUCUGUUUCUGAAUGAGGAAGACACAGAUACCCGCGCUAAAGUGCCAAGUGGUGAAAUCUGUAACUGGAACUGUGAUCGAAAGCCAGGAUCCGAAAGACUACUUCUGGGGCAAGCCAAAGGGCGUGAUUGGGGACAGUGAAGGGGGGGGUGGUGGACAUGGGGCGUGGAUUGAGGUGGGAGGUUACUAGGGCAGCUUACUAGAGGAGACAGCUUGCCUUCGUGAGCCAGAAGAAAGGGGGUCCAGAAGCCACUCCAAGCAAAGAGGUGGGGGAGCAGCAACAGCAACAGAGAGCCCGACGGAGUUAGGACCGCUCGGAGCGUCCAGGUCUCGAGGUAGUAUACGGUUUGCAAUCCUUCUACUUACUGCCAGUUGCAGAAGAUUUUGCUUUUAAGUGAAACGUACAUGCCACCCAUCCGUGGGCUGCUGCUUCUCUGAGCUUGCUCUCCCCCCCCCCCACCUCCUUCCCCUCCUCCUGUCUUCCUGUCUCACUCUCCCUUUAAUUUGUGUGCGCCCCUAAGUUUGUGAGAGAGCUCCCUGGCCACAUUGAGACAGGGUCCGUCCGGGCACGGCGCCGGGGGCGGGGGAGGCUGCGCUGGGGGAAUUGCAAUCCAGAAGGAUCUUGGGCCAUGUAUAUUUCAUCAAAUGGACUUUCCAAGUGUCUCGUCUGCCUGCCAUCAACGCUAUGUGCGGUGACAUUUCUGACUUGAGUAGAGGAAUGCGUGAAGGGAGCCCUGGUGAAAUUGGUACGAGAGGAUCUCCUUGGCGCCAGUGCUAAUUGUCCUGAUUUAUGUCCCUUCUGAGUGCGCUCAACGUCUUCAUCGGAGAUAAAAUGAGAGCGAUGCCAAGCGGGGCAGAGCCGCCUGAGUGCUGCAUCUGAUCGCGGGGAGUUCGGGCAUCCAGGCGUCCUGCAGCUCCUCAGACCAAACAAACGAGCAAACAAAAAAGAGAACGAAAGACAGAAAGGAGGGGGUGGAAAUAAAGACAACAAAACAGGCACCAGGAAAGCCUCAGUAAAAGUUUAAGGCGAAAAGUGGGAGAGGUGGCGCGGGGAGUCGCGGAGGAGAGUGAGCAACUGGGGAGACUGAGGUUGCCUGCAAUUUCAUUCUUCUUAUCCUCACAUUUUUGGAGGGAGAGGCACCUUUUCUUCUCUCUCUCUCUCUCUCUCUCUCUCUCUCUCUCUCUCUCUCUCUCUCUCUCUCUCUCUCUCUCUCUCUCUCUCUCUCUCUCUCUCUCUCUCCUUCUCUCUCUCUCCCUCUCCUCCCACCCCCUUUCCCCCUCUCCACUCCCCCUAUCUACCUGUCAAAGUCACUGAUCUUUUUGCAUUUCGGAAGAGGAGGACACUGAAGAGGAAUUCCCUCUCUGGGGUCUCAGCUUUGAAAGGGCCAACUCUUCCCGGGAGCCAGUUCUUUUCCCUCGGCACCGGGCGAAGGUAAUUAAGCAGCGGGGCGUUGAUUGCUGUUGUGGGGGCUCUCUUUCCACCAGCCCCUUCCCAGCCCCCAGCCCCACGCCCUCUCCUCGGGACUUCUGGAGACAAGUGGAGCAACUCUGCGGUGGUGGGGGCGAGCUCGACGGCUCCUACUGGACCCCCGAAACCCUCCUAAUCUGUCCGCCCUGUGUCGGUUCCCCGCGCUCGCCGGAGGACGCACGGCGAGGGAGAGCAGCCUCCGCCCGGCAGCCGCGGACUCCGAUGCUGCCGCUGCCGCCACUGGACGCGGACGAGGCUGGGAAGGUCCGCGGCAAGGAGCCGUCUGCUCGCCUCCCGCCUACUGUAACAAGGGCAAAUGGUUCACACGGGUGUUGGUGCCAGCAGAAAAGAAUGAUUGAUGGGAAACAGACACCGGGCUGUAGACACUCAUCCCUUUGCUUCAGAUACUGAUUUAUCAUCGAGUCUGGGCAUCCCUUGUGAGCCGUGAACGUAGAGGAGGAUCACUCAGGGUUAUCGGCCGUACAACUGAAGACCUACCACUUUGCUAAAUUGUCAUUCCUCCUAGGACAUCUGUUACAAAGACAACAGCAAGAAAAAAAACAAAACAAAACAAAACAAAGCAAGACCCAACAAUCCUAGAGAUAAGCUCUAGGACAAAGAAAAAUCUUAGGGCUGAUUUUUAAAGGCUGUCACAUGAGUAGGAUAAGCUUCCACCAAAGUCCUCGACUUACACAAAAAAGUACUAUGUUCUAAGACAUCACUGCUUUUGGUUUUGGAACCUGCUUUGGGACCUCUUUGUGUGCAUAUAUUUUUAAAAAUAUACAGACCAAUAUAUAUAUAUAUAUAUAAAGAAAGCAAAGUCCCAGUCCUUCAACUUUGUUUCAGUGCUGGUGAAAUUUUCAAAGAAUUUAGAGAUGUAUUUGUCAAGAUUCUUAUCAAUCCAUGCCCUUUGGGUUACUGUGUCCUCAGUGAUGCAGCAUUAUCCAUCAGUAUGGGGACAUUAUGAUGUGUGUAAGACUCAGAUUUACACAGAAGAAGGGAAAAUUUGGGAUUACAUGGCUUGCCAGCCAGAAGCUACUGACAUGACAAAAUAUCUGAAAGUGAAAUUGGAUCCUCCUGACAUUACCUGUGGAGACCCGCCUGAGACAUUCUGUGCAAUGGGCAACCCCUACAUGUGCAAUAAUGAAUGUGAUGCAAGUACCCCUGAGCUGGCACAUCCCCCUGAGCUGAUGUUUGAUUUUGAAGGAAGACAUCCCUCCACAUUUUGGCAGUCUGCUACUUGGAAGGAGUACCCCAAGCCUCUCCAGGUUAACAUUACUCUGUCUUGGAGCAAAACCAUUGAACUGACAGAUAACAUAGUUAUUACCUUUGAAUCUGGGCGUCCAGACCAAAUGAUCCUGGAGAAAUCGCUUGAUUAUGGACGGACAUGGCAGCCUUACCAGUAUUAUGCCACAGACUGCUUAGAUGCUUUCCACAUGGAUCCUAAAUCCGUGAAGGACUUAUCGCAGCACACAAUAUUAGAAAUCAUUUGCACAGAAGAGUACUCCACGGGGUACAUGACAAAUAGCAAAAUAAUCCACUUUGAAAUCAAAGAUAGGUUUGCAUUUUUUGCCGGACCCCGGCUUCGCAACAUGGCUUCCCUGUAUGGACAGCUGGAUACCACCAAGAAACUCAAAGAUUUCUUUACCAUCACAGACCUGAGGAUAAGACUGCUGAGGCCAGCCACUGGGGAAAUAUUUGUAGAUGAGCAACACCUGGCCCGCUACUUUUAUGCGAUCUCAGACAUAAAGGUAUAUGGAAGGUGCAAGUGUAACCUUCACGCCACUGUGUGUGUCUUUGACAACAAUAAAUUGUCUUGUGAGUGUGAACACAACACUACAGGCCCCGACUGUGGGAAAUGCAAGAAGAAUUAUCAGGGCAGACCUUGGAGCCCCGGCUCGUACCUCCCCAUCCCCAAAGGCACGGCAAACACCUGUAUCCCCAGUAUUUCCAGUAUUGGUAACUGUGAAUGCUUCGGCCACUCCAAACGGUGCAGUUAUAUCGAGCUGCUCAAUACAGUCAUUUGCGUGAGCUGUAAACACAACACUAGAGGGCAGCACUGUGAGUUAUGCAGGCUGGGCUACUUCAGAAAUGCUUCUGCACAGCUGGACGAUGAAAAUGUAUGCAUAGAGUGUUUUUGUAACCCUUUGGGCUCAAUCCAUGACCGUUGUAAUGGCACAGGAUUUUGUGAGUGUAAGACGGGAACAACAGGGCGUAAAUGUGAUGAGUGUCUGCCAGGAAAUUCCUGGCACUACGGCUGUCAACCCAAUGUGUGUGAUAAUGAAUUCCUGCACUGCCAGAAUGGAGGGACAUGCCACAACAACGUGAAGUGUCAGUGCCCAGCUGGCUACACUGGCAUCCUGUGUGAGAAACUGCGGUGCGAGGAGGCUGGAAGUUGCAACUCAGACUCUGGCCAUGGGGAAAGGGCACAGGGCUCUCUCAUUCUGCUCAUGGCUCUGCUAGGAAUAAUAACCGGCCCACGCCUCUUUUAGGCUCAGUAUACUCUAUGGCCUCAAGUUCAGCCAACUGAUGGGACUAUACCAUGGGGAAGCUAAACUAAUCCAAGCUUUUGCUACUAACAUAGAAAAACACACACACACACAUUUUGAAAAACAAAAACAACUAAGAAGGCCUAACUGAACUAAGCCAUAUUAAUCAAUUGUGGACAGCAAUUCCAAGUUGAGACUGUUAAUUUCUGACUCCAGACAAGUUGGCAGCUGCUGAUAUUAUUACUACAGAUCACAACGCCGGCUGCAGGAUUUACUGUGGAUUGAAAGGGCUGUAAAAGCCCUCCCCAUUCUCACCCCAAAACAGGGAAAAAUUAAAAAAACAACAACCUAGAAACACACACACACACACACACACACACACACAAACAUUUAUGCCUCUAAUCUGGUGCGCUCUCUGUACCUCUCUGCCCAGUGUGUGGACCAACCAAAUAGAAGCAUUCUUUGCUGUCAGUGCAUUGUGGGUAUAAGGAAAUCUGGUCAAAGCUGCCAUAUUGGCCUGCUUCAGUCCCUGAAUCCCUUCCAACCUGUGCUAUAGUGACCGUUGCUCUGUAAGUAACCCUUGUUGGUUGAAAGAUUUCUUUGUCUGAUGUUAGUGAUGCACAUGUGUUACAGCCCCUUCCAAAAAUAUCUCAAGACAGUCAUAUCCUUGUGUAUCUUAGCAGCACUACAUCGCCCCAGUGCUGGUGUACACCUACCGUACAAGAGUGGCUAUAAGGGAAAAGAAAGAAGAAAAAAAAGAAGUGUAUCUAUCCUUUUGUAUUCAAAUGAAGUUAUUUUUCUUGAAAUAAUGUACGAUGUAGAUUUUUUGUAUUAUUGCCAAUUUGUGUUACAAGACAAUCUGUUAAUGUAUUUGAUUCUAAUCCGAUAAGAAGACAGUUACAUUUUCUUUGUCCUUUUUUUUUUCCUUUUGGUUUUGUUUUGUUUAAUUGUGCAGAGAUCCCUCUGUAUGAGCAACGUGCUGGCAUCAAAGAAUAUCAGUUUACAUAUAUAAAAAGUGUAAUAAGAUUCCACCAAAGGACAUUCUAAAUGUUUUCUUGUUGCUUUAAUCUGGAAGAUUUCAAGAAUAAAAAUUCCUGCAUAAAUGA